CCGCCUCAUCAUCAUCAUCAUCAACGACAGCAUGACAUCAGUGCUCAACACCAAUGCUUCACUGCCGUACAGCCACGACUUAUUUGAAAGCCUUAUUGUAAAGAAAAGAAUAAAGGUGAUGGGUUGGCCACCUCUCUGUUUACGCCACUCCGAAUUGGGCAUGGAAAACAGUACUCCAAGCCGCUUAUCAAUCCAUGAAGUAACCAUCGUGAGAAUAUUAUUCCUCGUGAUUCCUCAUGUAUUCGAGAAAUACACUCAUUUGCAAAUCAAUUUGGUUUUCACGAGAGACUCAACUGAAUCUCUCGUUUAUGAUAUUCUACAACUGAAUGUGCUGCACACAGGCCACCUCAUGUUUCAGUUGGCACGAUAUUCGAGAUAUCGCAGUAUAUUUUCGUG